AGAAGUAUCUCGGCCUAAAAUGCACGCAGUGCCAAACGAUACUGGACAAACCUUUGAGAUGCUCAAAGUGCAAGAGUGCCUGUUAUUGCUCGAAAGAGGUGAUACUUGUGGAUCAAAGAAUCAUACGAAGGGCUGACGUCGCAUGACUUCUUGUGUAGUGCCAAAAUAAAAAUUGGUGAGAGCGCUGCCCGAUUAACAAGACCCAUGAGACCUCACUCCACAUUGGACUCGGUGAUAGAUCCAUGCACAAACCAACAUGCCGUGAAGAUGAACGCUCCUCUGGGCUAUUCGAACUUGUACGAAUGAUCAUCAUAAACCCAGUGCUCUUGGGGUACCUCAAACUCGGUGUCAUCUUUGCCUGUGGCCUGCUCGACGAUCCCCAAAUCGGAUUCGAUACGCCGUUUUCGGCAUGUGUUGAAUUUGCUAUUGAGCCAAGUGACAUGUUUGACUUUGCUGGAUUGUAUUUCAACGACGGAACUGCUGGCGGGAAGCUUCAAGGAAUGGUACAACUCAAUGCAAUUACUGCGUGGAAUAUGCAAAUUCCAUUUCCGCCAAAGCGAAUCAGCAUGUGGCAUGAAGCUUGAGCAAGGUGUAACACAACGGGUUUCACCAAAGAUCCCGUUGGACUCAUAGAGUUUGUCGGAUGUGGUCCUGCACACGGCAGAGUGAACUCAAUGACCGUUGAGUUGCACAUCCCCGCUAAAACGCUUGCCAUCGCAAGGAGACGUGAACCCUUCGAAUACCUCUCUGCUAUUACGGGCAUUAUAAUCAAGCAACCCAUGAGCGCUGUAUCAUGUCUAGAGAGUGCCAACUUGCAUAUUCGAGCUGA